AUGAUCUACUCGUUCUACAUCUACACGCGCAGUGGGGCGUGCCUGUACCAGGAGAAAUGGAACGUGCCCGGCGGCAAGAGCGUGACGUAUUCAGACCCGGAGGAGGAGAAGAGGCUGCUCUUCGGGCUGCUGUUCUCGCUCAAGGAGUUCGUGGGGAAGAUCGCGCCCACGACGGCGACGCAGGCGGCUGGAGGUAGCGCGGACCCCUUUGGCCCGGCGGAGCCUGCGGCUGCCGGUGCGGGCGCGACCCCCGAGGGGAUGCAGAGGUACCAGACCAACACGUACACGUGCCACCAGUACGAGACGCCCAGCGGCCUGCGCUUCGUGAUGAUGACGGACAACCAGGCGGGCGACAUGACCCCCACGCUCAAGUACAUCUACUCACAGAUCUACGUGGAGACGGUGGUGAGCAACCCGCUGAGUGACACCAAGAGCGGCAAGCCGAUCACCAGCCAGCUUUUCCGGGCGCAGCUCACGCAGUACCUGGAGAGUCAGCCGUGCUUCAGAUAA